AUGGGAUUGGAGAGCGUGGGUGGAUUGGCGAUAAAAAUAAUUCUCACCAAGUUGGGCCCAACAGAAUCGGCGUCGGUGGCCUGCGUGAGCAAGGGAUUUAGGGUUUGGGCCUCCGACGACUCUCUCUGGUCCAUUUUCUGUGCCAAUGAUCUCGACCUCUCUUCUCCUCUGGACCAUCUCGGAAACCCUGUCUCAUCUUUCAAGGAAGCAUAUCAAACAUGGCGGAAAGCUUUUUCUAUGUAUCCAUGGUCUCUAGUUAUACGAGUUAAAAGAUGUUGGGAUAAGCUAAAGGACUGGCUGGCAAUAAAUUUCCCUGAGGCUUUGGCUACCCUACGUACGGGUGCAUCCGAGGAUAAUAUAAAGGAGUUGGAAACAUGUUUGAAAGUAAAACUGCCUCUUCCGACCAGGGUCCUCUAUCGGAUUUGUGAUGGUCAAGAACUGACAUUUGAACAGUAUCGUGGAAGUUUGGUGGGUCUCAUAGGAGGCUACUCUUUUUAUGAUCACCUAGUUAAUGUGUCAUUGUUGCCUUUAAGUCAGGUGAUAAUAGAUACAAAGGAUGUUAUACGUCAUCUUGGAUUUAACAGCAGAUCCAAGUACAUUGUUGUGGCAGCUUCCUCCACUUACAAUGAAAAGAUUUUCUUCCUCAACUGUGCCAAUGGUCAGCUUUAUGUUGGUACCAGGAAUCUUACAACUGACAGGGAAAUGCUUCCCUGUGUACCAAAUUCACUGAUAAACUUGGUGCAUGAUUAUAGGGGCAGUCAACAGCAGGAUGCCAUGCUAUUAUGGCUAGAAGAACAUGGCCGUCGCAUGCAAAAUAGCCUAAUUAAAGUCCAUGAGGAAGGAAAAAUCAGAAGCAUCAGUCUGUUCCCAGAACAACCUCCCCUGUGUUCUACUGCAGUAACUAACAAUGUUCGGGUUCGUGCUUCGGCUGUGCUCGUGCCGGAAUACACUAACCUUCAACAUGAGUUUGAAAAGUUUUUGUUUGCUUACUCAAUCCGCAUCUCUCUUUUACCGGAGGGCUGUGUCAUUAAUGGAAUACCCUUCAAUUCUUGCCAACUUUACUGGAGACACUGGAUUAUCCGUGCUAAUGAUGCUGUUGUAUCAGAUGUCAAGGGAGAAGCUGUGAUAGGAAAGCUCUAUGCCCUCAAAGGCUGCUAUUUGUCCCAACCACCCUAUGUUCCUUGGAAUAAAGCACCCUUUCCAACUGCUCGUCAAGUUCCCUAUGACAAUUUCAUUACCCAAAUAACUUGGGAAAAGAUAAUAGAAGGCACCCCAACUCUCUGGAGUUCAGAUGUUGUGUAUUUAGAGAGAGAGAAGAAUCUGAGAGUAGAUUUGAAGAACUCAUCGACGACACUAGAAGACGACUAG